CUUCCUCCCCUCUAGCGCCGCUAUAUUGCUCUGACGUCACGUGCUUCUAAGAAUUGAGGGGGGGCGGCCUCUCGAGCGCGAAGCCGAUCAUCUCUUCCACGGAAGAAACCAAAACAUGGAGUAAAAUACAGUUUGAUUUCGUAUGUAAUGGAGGAAAAACACCGACAAAUACUUAAGAAGAACUUUGUAGUGUUAAGACGUGAAUUGCCGACAAAGCAAGUUGCAGCUUGUUUGUUUUCUCGGUCAAUUUUGGACGAAGAAGAUAUAAAUCUCAUUUCAGCAUGCAGAACUCCCGAAGAGAAAGCAGAAACUUUGCUAGAUGUCCUACCUCGCAAAGGACCUAAAGCUUUUCAGGAAUUCUAUGAAGCCCUCAACAAGUGCUGCUCACAUUUGGCUGAUCUCAUUUCACCCAUGCUUUCCGAUGGGUCAUUGCUUGGAAAAGGCAACUACCAAGCUGCCUCUCUUCCAGAGGAAAUCCCUAAUUUUGUUGGCCGUGAUGAUCUAGUUAAAAAGAUUGUCAAGCUCAAGGAAGAAAAAUGGAAGUUAAUACUUCUAGUGGCCCCGCCCUUCAAUGGCAAGUCAAGCACGGUAAUCAUGAGCGGGCACAUGCUUCAGAAGAAAGGUUAUCCUGUCCUUUACUUUCAUCUCAAUGCUGCAUCCUGUCUUUAUGAAGCUGCUAUUAUGAUUCUGUCCUCUCUUGGUCAAACCAUCACUGACAAACCAGUACAUCAAGUAAAACAGUUAUUGAAAUCCCUUGAUGAAGGGACCACUGUUAUUUUUGACAAUACAGAGGAGCUACAAGGAGAAAUAGAAGAGAAAGCAUUCUUAGGAUUUCUGAAAUAUCUUGGACAGUAUACUAAAGUUUGUACUAUAGUAGCAACUAGAAAACCUGUCCACAAUAUGCCGGUCUUAUUCCCAUUUAAAGCUAUAUCAAAACCACUAAAGCCGCUCGAGAAGCAUGAUGCAGUUCAACUACUACAUGCACUAGAACCCAGGCUUGAUCCCUUACAAGCUGACAGCCUUUAUAAAUGCUGUCAGGGGGUUCCCUGGCUUCUGAAAUUCAUUGCAUCUCUUCUGAAGAAUAGUGAUUUAGCAGCUGUAGAGCCUUUGAUAAGAGAGUUGAGGACAAAUCCAGAAGUUCUACAAGAAGAUAAUAGUCCAGAUUUGAAGCAGUACUUCUCAUACUUGAAGAUCUUUAUGAAUCACUUACCAAGAGAUCUGAAAGAGGCCUUGAUCAGGUUUGCAGUAUUUCCUAGUAGUUUUACAUCACAGAAUGCUCGAUUCCUUUUCAAAGAAAAUACAACAGACUUGGGCUACACUGCCCUUCUUUCAAGACUUGUGGACUACUCUCUGUUGAGUCUUGACACACAGAGAUCAGUCUACGAAUUGCACCCACAGGUACAGGCUUACUGCAGGACUCAUAACGGUGAUGCAGAUGUAUCUUAUUGCUACUCUAUGGCAAAUACCUUGUUCAUACAACAUUUCCUGAGGCUUCUUCAAGAUCUCCACAUUCAGUUCAUCAGUGAAGAGAGCAAACUAGCCAUGGACUGUUACUCAGAGAAUAAACUAAACAUCGACUAUGCCCUGAAGCUCUCAGCCACUCACCAAUACCUGCGCCACUUUGGGAUCGAUAUAUCUACCGAGGUGGUGAACUUUCUUGCAAAGGUCCUUAAUAUUAAGGAGUUUGAGAAAAUUUAUUGGGCUUUUGAAAACACUGCAUGCUCUUUGAAGGAUUUCCAGAGGCAAAGUGAUUGCCUUACUUCGAUUGGAUUCAAACUUGUUUGUUAUCAUGGUAAGAGGAACUGCAGAGAGGCUCUAAAAGAAUUGUCUAAAGCUGAGGCACUGCAGGCAUUGCUUUGUGAGAGGGUCGGCAGGGAAGAGGUAGCACAUUGCAAGAGCAAACUUGGCCUGUGUCUGGCAUGGAGUGGUGAUGUGGAAAAAGGGAUCAGAAUGAUUGCACAUGGGAUCCAGAUGCGGAAGAGAGUUUAUCAAGCACAACCCGGAAACAUCCAACAAAUGCUGAUAGGAGGUGGCUUCUGUGACCUUGCUAUGGCCCUGAGCAGUGCUGGUCGCCACAAGUCUGCUGCAACAAUCUGGUCCAGCAAAUGCCUUCCAAUAUACAGCAGCAUUAUGGGUGAACACCCAUUCACAGCGACAUUACUCCAAUACAUCGGUGAUGCAUACCAUCAACUUAAAGAGGGUGACCUGGCUAUUGACUACAAGCGCAAGUCCCUGGCAAUGAGAAGAAAGCUAUUGGGUGUUAAUCACCCGGACACUGCUCGCUCACAUGCCUGCCUGGCACUGACACUCAGCGCCAUCCAGCAGGAUAAAGAGGCCCUGGAUCAUCUUCGCGCCUCGAUGCAGAUACAGAUUAAAGUAUUAGCAUCCCCCGAGGACAUCUCCUUAUCGCAGCAGGAAAUAUGGAAAGUCAGUCAAAACAUGAGACAGGAGCUAUGUGUCGGGUUUCAGGAGUGCAGCCUUGGCAACUGUGAUGGUUCUAGCAACCGUAACACACUCCAUGUGAAGCAUGCCAAUCAGAGGCUUGGCAGCCAUGGCAACCAUUCUUGUAACUGUUGCCAUGGUGACCAUUGUCAUACUUCUUAUGAAAGGACUCCAUCUUUAUAGAUAUUUUAUGGUUAUUGGUACUGAACACCUUGUGCUUUAUAUGUUACUCUUAAGUGCUUAUGGUUAUGAUACAAGUUUGUUUGCCAGGGGCGGAUUUAGGGAUGAGCCAAACGGGCCCCACCCUCCUAUUUUCAGAUAUUUGGUUUAAAAAUAACAAAAAAUAUAAGGAAAUACAAAGAAGAACAUUGAACCCUGCUCCCCUUUCCUGAAACCUUGCUUGCCCCCCACCCCCCCCCCCCCCCCCUUUUGAACUCCUGGACCCGCCCCUGUUCAAAGUACACAGAAUAGUAUGCUCAUACAUAAUGUUCCUGCUGUGCCAAAUCGAAUUUUUUUAAUUGAGCUACACCAGUCAUGCUGCAUGGCAAAAGCACAACAUAAAUUCGAAUGUCGAGCUGUUGAUGUGCCGAAGCAAAAUACCAUUUGUUUUAUUUUGCGCAAUGGAAACUUCACAUCGAGUCAACCUAUUGAGCGUGACUCAUUCAACUCCUACAUAUAGACAUAUUUGGCAUGGCAGGAGCGCAACAUAUGAAUUGGGUCUUAUAUAUAAGCAAAAUAUAUAUUAUCAAAAAAAUUUUAUCUUAUUUUUUGUAUUGCAAAUGACAAGACCCUAACCGCUACGAAAAUUAUUUGCACCCAAAUGUUUGUAUGUCAAGCAGUGGAAACAUAAAAGUCAUUUAUUGGUUUAGACAGUUGAAAGACUGUGCUAUCCCCAAAGCACAAAUAGAUUAUAGUUUCUUGACAAUUGCAAUACAAGUGAUUUGACGGUAAAUUUUCCAGUUUUUUUUAUGAACUGAUGUUACUUACAUAAUUUUAAAAAAAUGUAUUGUGUCGAGCUUUUUCCAAGCUUUGCUCAUAGAGCUACAAUAUUGUUUAAAUAAGUAAUUUUAAAAGUAGUUAGAUUGCAUAUUUUAGUUGCAGGACAGUUAGAGAAAGAAAGGAAAAAACACGUCGAAACAUGUAUCAUCAGAGCUGUGUCUACCGCACCUAUUGCAAAGUGCUAAGGCAAAGUCCAAGUGGAGAUGUGGAUCCUGCUUUUUUAGGCUGAUAUUCAGAGUAUAAAAACUUUACUUCGUAAAGAUUUUGGAAUGAACAGACACAAUGAAAGCAAUAAAAAACCCAUAUCCCUACCCCCGUAGAUCCGCUACUGCACACUUGUGUGUGAGACGCGCCAUCCGUUCCCUUUCUUAACAUAUAAGCUGUUUUUAAAAAGUCAUUAAACUGCUCGUUGAUCGAG